AACCAUUCGAACAAAACACAACGACACAGUUGCUCGAAUCAGAACCAUUGGCUAUAGUAAACAGUAAUUGAAUACCGAAAUUAUUAAAAACAAAACCAAAAUGAAUCAUUUCCAUUUGGUGAUUGGAAUAAUAUUUAUUGCAUUUUGUGUCGAAAAAGGUCUUUGCAUAAAAUGCUGGGAGUGUCGAUCAGAUUCGGAUCCAAAAUGCGCCGAUCCAUUUGACAACAGUACGCUGUCGAUCACUGACUGCAAACAGGUGGCAGAGUUGGAUCAUUUGCCCGGAGUCAAGCCGACUAUGUGCCGUAAAAUUCGACAAAAAGUAAAUGGUGAAUGGCGUUACUUCCGAAGCUGUGCAUUUAUGGGAGAGCCUGGUAUUGUGGGCGAUGAACGAUUCUGUUUGAUGCGAACGGGCACAUUCAACAUAUUCAUGGAAUAUUGUCAGUGCAACAGCAAAGAUGGAUGCAAUUCUGCGGGCCUCGCCAGUUCAAGCAUAUUUACAAUUAUCGCCGCCAUUUCAAUAGCUUUAUUUAAAUCCUUACCGCAAUUAUUGAGCACGUAACGUUUUUUUUUUCUUGUAAAGUCUGCAAAGAAGAAGUUGUUUCUUAGAUGAAACAAGAACAUAUCAAUCAAUAGAAGAAAUACUUAGCAUCGAUUUCCGUCCCAGAGUGUUUAUCUCAAUUUUUUAGAAACUCAAAUAUUUUUUUAACAACAUUUUGUAGUUCUUUUACUAUUUCGAAUAAAUGGAUGAAAAAGAAA